ACACACACACUGGCUGCCAUUCCUAAGGCUUCUUAGUCACACCGGAGCUGUUAAUAUUGGAAAUGAUGACGUGUGUGGAAAGAUUCUGACUUAGUUCACUUUACAGACACAAAUCGAGCUUAUUCAGUCAUUUCUGUGGCACCUUAGUGUGUAAUUUCCAACCAGUUUUAGAUAAAUGUCGGGGUGUUUGGGCCCCUGAGGACCUCUAGUGGAUCGCUGGCAGAAACUUGAAGGAAGCUCAUUUGCUGUAAGUCUUGAAGGCGGCGGCGGCAGGAAUCUCCUUCAGCUCCCCGCGCUGUGCGCCAUGAGUCCGGACAUGAAGGCUCUGCUGACCCCCUAAUGACCAUCAGAACAUAAGGAUGUAUCCAGGCACUGGCAAGCCACCAGUGGCGCCCAAGCCGAAGCUGCAGAUGCCAGGAUUGUCGCCUGUACCCCUCAUAAAAGAUGCUCUCUUGCCUCCUCCCUCACAGAGGAAGGUUAAACCUGCCGUAGCCCCCAAACCUAAAUUCUGCGCCCCUCACACUGCUCUGGAAUCCAAGCCAGCCAUUUCAACAAGCUUGCACAAGACACCUGCAUUAAGAACGAAUGUGACUUUGGGUCUUCUGAACCCACAGAAUGGAAUAAAAGAUGGGGACAAAAACCCAGAUUGGGAUGAUAUCCUUCCAAUUUGCCUGUAUUGUGAGGGGAGCUGCUCUUGUACAGAAAAGGCAGGAAAAACAGGAGAAGACUACAAAGUAUUGCAGAGAAACAAGGCAGUGGAAGGAGAACAGGGUAAACAACAAAAUAUAAUUUCCAACAACCAGAUUUAUGCUACCACCACCCAUAAAGCUUUUAAUAAGAGAGAUACCUCCAGUCCUAACGGGACUAAAAAGCAGACAGAUGGAAGAGCGUUACUUGUGAGUAUGCUUGAAGCAACGCAGGUCAAUGGUACAGCAAAGGCAACUGAUGGUAGAGGGCCCCAGCCCACACCCAUGUCAGUAACCCCGACAAAGCCUUUCCCUGUCCCACGGAAACCCAGAACAGCUGCUCCGGUCCACCAGGAAAAAGCGGUGGGGGUGAGGCAAAACACAGCAGUGGAGAAAGAGAGGGAAGUAAAUGCUAAAGAGAGGAAGAUGCCAUCAGACGGAAAGGGUGGCUCAUCCCUUUCUGUCAGUGCACCUGAGCGAGGAAACAAGCAGCAGACCCAGCCUGCCCCUCCGCCUAGAAAAAAGCCUUUUCUGUCUGAACCUAAAAAAGAUCUCAGCUCUGCUCCUCAGACCAAAGAGGAGCCGGGGGAAGAUACCAGCUUCUACGACAUGGAGGUUUCUGUUGACAAGGAGGACAAUGGAAUAUUUCAGGAAGGAGCAAUUCAGGAGGUGGGUGGCUUCCUGCUGGGGAGUUUGCGCCGUCGACCUGUCAGGACACAGACUGCAGAUGAGUUGGUUAAAGAAUCUCCAAAGAAGCCUCUGCGGCCACUACUUCCAAGAAAGAAAUCUUUAAGAGAGGAACACGCGGAAAAACCAACAGCCCAUCAGACAAAGCCAGUCGGCCCUAAUCAUGAUGGUGUCUCCAACAAAGGAACAAAAGAGCUGCAUCCUCCAAACACUAAAACAUCCGAAAACCUGAAGUUUUCCCAUCUCAGCCUGACGAAAUCCAAAGCAAAGUCGUUCUCUGCUGCGGACAUGAGUCGCUCUGAAGGUCAGAAGAGGAGCUCUUUCCGAAAGUUACUAGACUCUAAGCUCGUCCUGCAGAUCGUACCAAGGCCUUUGUUGACAGUAGAUCAAGACACAACCCACACUGUCAAUAAUUCAGGUCAAAGUUAUCGCCAGCAGCAUUUGCAGAGGAAACUUUCCUUUCCUCAAAAUGGAGUCGAGCAGAAUGUGGAUGGAGACCAGUCUUCAGACUCUGAAAAAGACCUCUACUACGACACAAUAGAUCCCUAUGAAUCUUACUAUGAAUCAAACUACAUGAACGUGCCUGUGAAGUCGGGACAGGUUCUUCCAGGCUCCUAUUCGCACAACCGGUGGAACGAUGACGAUGAUGAAGAAGGAAUUUACGAGAUGGAGGAUCCAUUCACCUCCCUGAUGGAGAACGCACAUGCAAAACACAACAGAAUCGACGAGGAGCAGGCUUUCCAAAAUGAGAUCUUCUCGGAUUUUGAAGCCGAAGCAAAUUCCUCUGAAGAGGACGAGGGUGACAACAGUUCCACCUCAAGUAAAGGCGACCCUGAGCUUGUAGAGGCACAGAGUGAAAGGACAAAAAACAAGAUCCAGUACAUCGCCAAAGAAAUCAUGACCUCGGAGAGUGUGUUUGUUGAUGUCCUGAAACUGCUUCAUGUGGACUUCCGUGAAUCAGUGAAUAAAGCAUCUAGUUACCACGGGAAACCCAUCAUUGAGGAACGACUACUCAACCAGAUCCUCUACUACCUUCCGCAGCUGUAUGAACUUAACCAGGACCUGCUCAAGGAGCUGAAGCAAAGAGUGGACAACUGGAAUGAUACUUCCCAGAUAGCAGACAUUUUCCUGAAAAAGGGGCCCUAUCUGAAGAUGUACUCCACAUACAUCCGUGAGUUCGACAAGAAUGUGGCUCUACUGGAAGAGCAGAGUAGAAAGAAUCUGGCAUUUGGCGCGGUUGUCAAAGAAUUUGAGAAAAGUCCUCGGUGUGCCAACUUGGCUCUGAAGCACUACCUGCUGAAGCCUGUUCAGAGGAUUCCUCAGUAUCAGCUGCUGCUCACAGACUACCUGAAAAACCUCUCUGAAGGAACAGAUGGCUACGAAGAAACCAAAGCUGCCCUUUCUUUGGUGAAAGAGGUUGCAAAUCAUGCAAAUGAUAUCAUGAAACAUGGGGAUAACUUCCAGAAACUGAUUGAUGUGCAGCAUCGUCUAAAUGGCAAUCAUCAGAUAAUUCAGCCUGGAAGGAUCUUCUUUAAAGAGGGAAUCCUGAUGAAGCUGUCCAGGAAAGUCAUGCAGCCCAGGAUGUUCUUCCUGUUUAAUGACAUUUUGCUGUACACCAAACCAGUUCAGACUGGCCAGUACAAGCUGAAAAACAUGCUGUCUCUGGCUGGGAUGAAGGUGAGCAAACCAAAUCAGGAGGCCUAUCAGAAUGAACUCAACAUAGAGAGUGUGGAGCGCUCCUUUAUUCUUUCUGCGAGUUCGGCAACAGAGAGAGAUGACUGGCUCAAUUCAAUCUCAGCAGCAAUUAAUGACUUCACUAAAAAGAAAAUUACCUUUUUAUCUGGAAAUCCUGCAAAUGAGGCAGACCUGACAGACGGCACUCCUUUGGGAUCCAAAGCCCCCAUUUGGAUCCCUGAUCCGCGCACCACCAUGUGCAUGAUUUGCACGUCUGAGUUUACCCUGACAUGGAGACGACAUCACUGCCGGGCGUGUGGAAAGGUGAUAUGCCAGGGUUGCUCCUCCAACAAACACUACCUUCAAUAUAUGAAAAAGUCAGAUCGAGUCUGUGACCUCUGUUUCCAAACUCUACGCCAACAAAAAUGUGAAUUGGACAAUACUAUGUCCCUGUCUCCUGGACUCAAAUCUACCAUGGCGUUUUCAAAGAGGCAGAAGAAGAUAAAGCCUGCAGCUCUUAAAGAGGUGUCAGCAAGCACGGAAAACUCUUCCAUGAGCGGAUAUCUGUAUAGGUCAAAGCACAAAAAAAAGCAGGGGAAGAGACUGUGGUUUGUCAUCAAAGAUAAGGUCCUUUACACAUACGCUGCAAGUGAGGAUGUUGCAGCCAUGGAGAGUCAGCCUCUGUUGGGAUUUGUGCUGAAAUUGGAUUCUGCAGAGCAGUUGCAGUUUAGACUCUUUCAUAAAAACACCCUCUAUUACAAUUUUAAAGCUGAUGAUGUCCAGACAGCUCAAAGAUGGAUUGCCUCUUUCAAAGAAGCCACCAUCCUGUGAGAGAUGUGUGCAGCUGCCUGUGAUGCUUGCUUUAUCCAUACCUGACCUGGAUUUCCUAAAAAACAAAACUUUCAGUUGAUUUGAAUUUAAAAAACACUUAAGCAAUUGCAUUCUCUUGUACUGUAAUUAUAAGCUUUAUGUGACAAAGGUGAGCCAUGUGAGGUGUAGUCCUUUCUAGUUAGUGUUUUAACCCCUCAAAAUAAGUAGAUACUAUGAAGUAAUCUGAAGUUAGUUCAACUUUUAUGCUUUUUUCCCCCCACUAUUUUUAUUGGGUCUUUUUGCACCUCAGAUUUUCAUUGUGCCUAGUUUCAUCAAAUUUGCUGAUCAAUGUUGAUUGUUGAAGAAUUUGUGAAAAUCCCUGAGGUAACAUGGAUUAUAAAAUGUAGCUUCAGUUUUGUUGGUUAAAGCCAAAUUUUGUACAGAUUUUGUUCUUUUUCUUUUGUUUUUGCUACAGUAAAUGCAUCAUGUUUUCUGCAAACUUCUCUUGUUUAUUAGUCUUUGAAAUGGUUCAAAAUGUAUGUUGUGUAUGUUAUGACUAAAAAUGAAGGCUUUGUACUCAAAUUGUGCAAAUACAUACUUUAGUUUUACCUUUUUGCACUUAAAAAAAGAAAAUGUUUUUUGGAGCAAGAAAUAUGAAAAGGUAAAAUAGGAAUAAAUAAUAAUAAUUUGA